UUAGGAAAUGUCAAAUUUUCAGUUGCCUGCACAUCAGUUGGACCCCCAUUUCCAUACGUAACCCACUGGUCAGCGCCACUCUGAGUCAUGUGUCCCCCUCUGAGCCCGCUCCCCGUGGGUAUGGGUCUCCUUUACCAACACUAGCUCAUGCUUUCAGCUCUGGAGGGUUUCCUGCUCCAGUCCCUGAAGGGUUGGCCAAGGUGAUGGUUUGCAUUCUGAUAGUCUGUAGGAACAUGGUCACAUACUAUAUUUUCCAUGGGACCCUGCCUCAUUCGGUGCACGGGAUGGACACACAAAGGUGUAGAAUUAAGGCCUCGUGUGUAACCAUAAUGCUGACAUUUCUUAACCUUUGGGUGCUCGACUUUGCAAUCUAACCAGCGUUCUAUUAACAUAGAUUGCAUGUGUGCACGUCUGGUCUUUCAUGUCUUGCCUUAAUCCACGCAACAGGGAAGUAAGAGGGAGAGCGAAAAGCCAAGGAUCUCUGUGGUUGGCUGCUCCUUCCCCCGGGAUAAACAUGCAUCCUCCAGUGUCUAAUAAUUUCUGGGCUUGUUCUCCCUGCUGGGCUUGCAGGCAGGACACCCUGCAGCGCCACACCAGCCACCUUCAGGGCAGAGGCUGCGUUCCUCAGUGAGGUGUAGGGAGAAUGGGCCCAGAGUCUAGGCUUUCAGGAGUCUAAACAUGAGCCCUCUCUCUGCCUUAUUGUCUUCUUAUAUCCAGCUCUCUGGGACACCUGGGGGUGGAGGCCUCCACCAGCCGGGCUAAAUUCUCGGUGCUUUCAGGUUCAGUCCUGCAUGCAAGCAAAACUCUCCGUACUCGGCCUUGGUGACACCACAAGAUUAUCCUGGCAGGGCUGGGAUGUGUCACAUGACACGAGCCCCGAGCUGGUCAUUGGCCCUUGUCAAUCCUGCUCCAGUUUCCAGAUCUCCCACCUGCCCCGUGCCCUUGCUUUGAAUAUAUUGGGGGCACUCUAGGGUAGACUAGAACAAGCUUUACCCAACACGGGCAUUUGCCACUGAGUGAGUCACUAGUUGAGGGUUUCCAGAUGUCCCGAGCAGACACACUCCACUCACCUUUGCUUCAGCAGGUGCUAGUGAUGGGUGCACGUCCGGUCUCGAGCCCGAUGCGGGGGCAAGAAAUGGUAUUUAAAAUUCAGCCCCUUUACCAAGGUUGAGGUCAGGUCAUAUUUGAAAUGAACACAUUUGCUCAGCAUCACCGCCUGCCCAGAGUGUGGCGUUAGGAGCCAAUCCCGUGUUCUCAUGCUGCCAUUACUAACUGCUCCAGAGUUACCUGGGACAGGAUGGCAGGGCUGCAUCUGCACUGGCAAAGCCAGGAUAUGUCGCUCAGCCUGGGAGUGCGCCCACGUAGCCAGGCCAGGGCUCAGCGUGUCUUCUGUCUAACCCUGUUCUGAGCUGGGGCAGCUGACACGGUGGUGGAAAUGCCUGAACCCGCCUACACUAGAGCGCCUGCUGUUGCUACCAGUGGUGAAUUACGGGUGCAGUGCAGACAAGGCCCAGGAGAGGACGGAGCUGCUAACAAUUCACGGGAGGGAGGAGGAACCGCAUGCCCUUCCCAGUUAGAUGAGCUCCCCGGCCCAGCGAAAGGAAGGGAGACCAUUUCCGUUCAGGCCCUGCAGUGCUGCUGGUGCCAGUCACCGAACCAGAAAGCUGGGGGGUGUUCUUAGGGGGUGGGUGGGGAGCUGCCUGUUCUAGGCUCAGUCUGUAUAGCGCCACCAGCAGCGCUACACUGGGAAAGGCCCCGCCCGGGGUCCAUUGGUUCUUAGGGCUGACGUUGUGUGGUACCCAGUGGCUGGGGGUUGGACCCUCAGCACCGACAGAAUGGAGAUCCCUGCCUCAGGGAACUAGGCUAAGCAAGAUCAGGCCCGGGAGCUUUUGGCUGGGAGACCCGGGAGACUCCAUGGUGUAUUCAGAGUCGGCGGGUCUCUGUAACAGACUGGGCGUGCUGGCAGUCAUGGAGAUGCCAAUGGCAGGCUCCAGGCUGAUGCAAGUGGACAUCCCCCAUGCCUGCCUGACCCCAGCUCCUGCCCUGGCUCUCGGCGAUACCUGCUGAAUGGCCUUGCUGCCCAGGUGCCAGCUCUGCCCUGGAUGGAGCCUGUCACGGACGGUUACCCUGUGUUCUGUGUUUCAGGGGGGGAAGAUCCCCAUCCGCUGGACGGCCCCCGAGGCCAUUGCGUACCGCACGUUCUCCUCGGCCAGCGACGUGUGGAGCUACGGCGUCGUCAUGUGGGAGGUGUUGGCCUACGGGGAGCGGCCCUACUGGAACAUGACCAACAGGGAUGUCAUUAACUCAGUGGAGGAGGGCUACCGCCUGCCUGCCCCCAUGGGCUGCCCUACAGCCCUCCACCAGCUCAUGCUGGACUGCUGGCAGAAGGAUCGCAGCGAGCGGCCACGCUUCUCCCAGGUCGUCAGCAUCCUGGACAAGCUCAUCCGCAACCCUGAGAAUCUCAAGUGCACAGCCACGGUGAACCGGUUCACCCAAACUCCCUUUGACAGAGGCGUCUUUGAUUUCACGAGCUGCUUUACCGUGGAGGACUGGCUGGAGUCCAUCAAACUGGGGCGCUAUCGGGAGAACUUCGCCGUGGCCGGGUAUUCCUCGCUGGGGAUGGUGAUGCGGAUGAACAUCGAUGACGUUCGGAGCCUGGGGAUCACCCUCAUGGGGCACCAGAAGAAGAUCCUGAGCAGCGUCCAAAUCAUGAGGUCUCAGCUGCUGAACACCAGUGUCCCCAGGCGGCAUCUCUAAUCGCCAGCUCCCCAGACCCAGCAGCCGGCGUUCCGAAAGCACCGAUCCUGGCAGAGUGGCGAGCACAGCCGGCGGGAGACGCGCCGAGCCAGAACCUCGAGUCUCUGUGGCUUUCCGUUGCCUUGCUGGGAUUCGCGCUCCGGGUACAUUGCUGAAUCUUCUGGCUUCUUCCUCCAGCUGAGGGUAGGAGCAGCCUCCAGCGCAGGGCAGGCCACUUCCUUUUCCAUCCUGGGUCCCUGCUGGGCCGGGGCUCCUAGCCUGGCUUCGCUAGGAGCAGUGCAAUAGAAGGGGCGCACCGCCCAGGCUGGGCCCGGCCAAGGGAGUCACACUGACUGACAGCCGGGCAAGUCUCUUCCGUGUGCUGCUGCCGACUGUGUCUGAGCUGCGGUUGUACUGCCUGGAGGCUUAUCUGGAGCUCUGAGCCCUGCAAGGCCUCCCACACCAUUGCAUGGCAGAGACAGCCAAGUGCCUGCUCCCACCACCCUGCUCUACCCAGGACCUCCAGACCAGCCCCUCCAGGGUCAUUGCCCUGCUCUCAGAAGGGUCACUGGAAAACCGGACGUCUUGAGCCUCCUGCAGUAGUUUCUGCUGGUGCUGUGAGCAGACGGGACUUCCUUGGCGCUGGGAAGAGGGGCCCAGAGCGCUGGCGCGUGCUCGGGGAGAUGUGAGAAGUGCUGUCAAAGGAGAACCCGGAACCAGCUAGGAAGUCACCACUUCCUGAAUGCACCGGCACUGAACCUAGCGCAGGCAGGCCAGGGCCAGGGGAGAGCAUAUGUCUGAGGGCUACACGCUCAGGUUUCCCCCCCGAGCCCCAACAGAGCAGAGGCCAGGCUUCCGCCGCAUGAGGGGCCGCGUCCCCUCUCACGGUCCUGUCAUGUCUUCUUCCAGGUCCAAGGGGGGUUUAUUGAACUCUCAUAUUGCCUAAAACCAGCCAGGGGCUGCCAGCAGCCAGUCUGCCUUGCUGUGCUAACAGCCAGGCCUCCAGGGGAGGCCGUCACCAGCGGCACCGCUCCCAGCAGCACGCCGACCUGCGAACACACGAGGCCCCCGCCCGAGGCUCUGCUCAGCUGUCACAUCCUGGCUGCCCAGCAGGUGAGGGUUUCUCCAGGCCACCCUGCCAGGAGCUGCGCCAGCUCCUUGCUUGCGCCCCCUGUUGGUGAGCGUGCCCCCGGAAGGCAGCAGGCCAGUGCGCCGAGGUGGUUGGACGCGCUGAGCUGUCCCGAGGCAGAGAUGUGCUCGAAGCGGAGGGACUGGAGCAGACUGGAGAGGAAAGCCGGCCUCUCGCUCCCCUUUGUAAAUACGGUUUUCUACCAUGUUCAAAGCUGGUUUACUACAUCGGACUUUAGACACGCAAAAAUGGUCUCAAAGCACAGAAAGCCCAGCCCAGGGGCUGGCCGCGCUGCCAAGACUCUUCAAGGGGGCGUGAAGCCAGAGCUCGCUGAGGGACCCCACUCCUUGGGGCAGGGGAGAAGAGCUCCUCCCGACGCUGCUGUUACUCGUGCGUCUGAGACCCACGCCGCCGAUCCGCUCUCAGUGACAGCAGAGGAACUCCAGAGUCGCUCCGGUGGUUCCAGUGGAGAUCCUCUGGAUUUACAUCAGCACGUGUGACAGCGGGAUUUGGCCCGAGGUCACCUUCCAGCAGCGCCAGAGAAACUGGAGGAUGGUGGGAUGUGGGGGGAGGGGGUUAAAGCCAUUUUCCAGUCUGCAAUAAUCCUGGCUAAACUGAACCCUCCUGGGCUUGGUUUAGUUUUCAAUCCAGGGCGUCUGCAUCUCAAUUCUACUCUGGGACUAUGUCGUGGGCACCCUACUGCUUCCUAUGGAAGCUCUUCCAACGAGGGCUAGAUGCAGUAUGUGGCUCUACUUCCAUUCCACCCUCUGUGCACUCAGACCCCUCACGCACCAAUCCUGGGGGCUGUGUACUCGGAGUCUACGCCUGCGGCACACGGAACGCCCGGGGGAGGAGGGUGCCGGCUGGGCCUUACCCGCCCUGCGGCACAUGGAACGCCUGGGGGAAGGGUGUCAUCUGGGCCUUACCCACCCUGCGGCACAUGGGAGGUAUAAGGGUGGGGGGGUUCUGGAUAGAUCCUGGUUCCCAGAGGGCAGAGGGUUGGUGGAUGGUCCCUAGGGACAGGGGGGUUGCUGGAUGGGUCCUGGUACCCAGGGAUGGGGGAUGGGGUUGCUGGACAGCCCCAACCCCUCGGGACGGGAAUUGCUGGACAGGCCCUGGUCCCAGAGGAUGGGGGUUGCUGGCCAGGUGCUGGUGCCUGGAAGAGGAGUGUUGCUGGAUGGGCCCUGGUCCCCAGGGACAGAGGGUUGCUACAUGGCCCCUGCCUCUCUCUUCUUUGCCCUUGUUUUAUGGUCAGAGUCUGCACCGCUUCCCGGACAAUACAGCUCUUCCCAUUGACA